AUGCUCGAGAACCCUAGCACCGUUCAGCUUGACCACCGAAUCCUCGCAACCACCACUUGCUUCUCCGUUCUCUCCCUUUUCGCCUACGCCCGCAGCGGCCGCGUAGCCGCUGCCCUCCCCGCCAACGUCAGGAAGGGCGUGCACGGUCUCCUUCAUGUUACCCUUGCGCAAGCUGGCGCCCUCGCUCUCCUCACGACCGCCCUCAUCCUCGGCCAGAGGCUACGCAUCCCCAAGUCUCUCUUGGCCACUCUUAACAAGAGGGUUCAGGCCGCUGCCAAAUCCUCGGCCGCCUCUACUGCUUCCAAGACUGCUACUCGCUAA